GCCAAUCGAGAAGGAUCAGUAGUCAUCAGAACACUUCACCUAUCGCACGAAAAACAGUCAAUAUGGAGAACGAAACGCAAAGUCUCGAAGCCAUCAUCAACAACAACCUCACCGGUCGAGACCUGGAAGAGUUCAAUAGAAUUUAUUACGGCAGAAAAGAUAAUCUUGAAGUCAAAUUAAAGGAUUCCUCAAUUGCGGCGGCUAAAGAGGCUGAUUUCGAAAUUGCCUCUUACGCAUUCCCUGCUAAAAAGGAACAAACAAGGCCACCAAGGAUCGUUAAAGUAGGUGUGAUCCAACAUUCCAUUGCCGCACCAACUGAUCGUCCAGUUAGUGAGCAGAAAAAGGCUAUUUUUAACAAAGUAAAGAAGAUCAUCGAUGUAGCCGGCCAAGAGGGUGUAAACAUCAUCUGUUUCCAAGAAUUAUGGAAUAUGCCAUUUGCAUUUUGCACUCGCGAGAAGCAACCGUGGUGUGAAUUCGCCGAGUCAGCUGAAGAGGGUGAGACCACAAGAUUCCUAAGAGAAUUGGCUAUCAAAUAUGCAAUGGUGAUUGUCUCCUCCAUCCUGGAAAGAGAUGAUAGCCACUCUGACAUUCUGUGGAAUACAACGGUGGUUAUAAGCGACACGGGAAAUGUUAUUGGUAAGCACAGGAAGAACCACAUCCCCAGGGUGGGAGAUUUUAACGAAUCAAACUACUAUAUGGAAGGCAACACAGGUCACCCAGUGUUUGCUACUCGCUACGGUAAGAUUGGUGUUAAUAUUUGUUUUGGCCGUCACCAUGUGUUGAAUUGGUUGAUGUACGGUUUGAAUGGAGCAGAAAUAGUAUUCAAUCCGUCAGCUACGAUCGCUGCGGAGGCUGGUAGUGAGUACAUGUGGAAUGUUGAAGCGAGGAAUGCCGCUAUCACCAACUGUUAUUUCACAGCAGCUAUUAAUAGGGUGGGUUACGAAACUUUCCCUAAUGAAUUCACUUCGGCUGACGGCAAACCCGCCCACAAUGACCUUGGCUUGUUCUACGGUUCGAGCUACUUCAGCGGACCCGAUGGUGUUAGGUGUCCAGGGUUGUCCCGCACACGAGAUGGUCUUCUAAUUGGUGUUUUGGAUCUGAACCAGAAUAGACAGAUAAAAGAUCGCCGCUGUUACUACAUGACACAGAGAUUAGAUUUGUAUGUCAAUAGCCUUAGCAAGGUUUUGGAAUUAGAUUAUAAGGGUCAAGUCGUUUAUGAGAAUGAUAAAUAAUUCUAAGUACACAUGUAUAAAUCAAUAUAUAUAAGUGAAAAUGAAGAAAUAAUUAUUACAGAUGCGUUAUGUUUGUAUGUUACACAGAUUUUAAUUUUAACUUUUUAAUGAUCAAUGUAUGUACAAAAUUAAUAUGAAUAAAA